CCGUGGCGACGCUGGAUAACAAUGAGGCUCUGUCUCGCGGGUGACCAGUUCUCUAGAAGCUGAGGGGAGAGCAGAGCGCCACGUAGCUGCCAGCUGCAGGUCUGAGCCACUGCUUCGGGGAUGGAGAGACACAGGGUGUGUGCGGAGAUCCAGAGGUGCAGAGACAGGCCGGUCCCCAGUCGAUUGGUGGAGAAUAUGACAUUGGCUGAAGUUGGGAUCAGCCCUCCACCUCGCCAAAGCAGAAACAGAGCGGCCGCUCUCUCUUCCUGUCCGGAAACUUCUUUACAGACGAAAGGAGCACAAAGAGGGAACAGCUAUGAUCUUCCACCUGUAAUGGAGCAGCACCUGAGGGCGAGGAAGAUGGAACGCAGAGGCUGUAUCCAUGAUGACAUGGACCAGGAGUACCACUGUGUGGAGGAAGAGAUUCACUCUGUCCAGAUCCUGCCAUCAAAACCGUUGAUGUCUGAUGCAGACUAUGCUGAUAGGUGCAUCUUUAGGUCUGCAGUUCCAGAGUCGCCUGCUUCACCUUUGAGAAGGAGCCCAAACACCCCGCCCAGACUCCCAAAAAGAAACACCCAAGGACCAAGUGUGAACAGGAGCUUGAAGCCAGGAAUAAAACAAAACUCCCCAACCAGUGGUGACAGAAAACAUCUGGUGAAUUCUGGGAUUCAGGAAAUACAACCGUCUCCAAGACCUAAACGAGUCGACAAGGAGCUAAGAGUUCCGUCUCCCGUUCAAGGGUCCCCCAAACCCAGGAGAGCCACACAUGCUGACAGGCACCCCAAAACAGAGACACGACGCCAUCAAAUCGUAGUGAGUAGUAGUCCCGUAUUUGCAGUUACGAGAAGAGAGGAACGGCCAUUGCAAACUGCCUUCUCUCAAGACCUUGAAUUCACAGAAUGCAGGGAGUCACGGUCAUUAGGGAGCAAACUGGAUUGUUUGCCUGCGACGGACGUACAGAAGGUGAGGCAGCAGCACCAUGAAUGGCCGCAGACUAGGGGAGACAUGAAGACUUACGGACAUCGAGCCAAACCCAGGCCAGUGCAGUCAUCCAGUGAUCAGAGCUGGUAUGUUGGUGCGUGUGAGAGAGCAGAUGCUGAGCAUGCAUUGCACCUGAUGAACACGGAUGGGGCAUUUUUAGUGCGAGAUCACUCCAAGAGCUGUGUGGAGGAACCCUUUGUUCUGUCAUUGCUUUUUCAAAGGAGAGUUUUCAACAUUAAAAUUCGCUUUAUAAAGAGUGCUCGCAAGUAUGCCCUGGGAACUGGAUUACGAACAAAUGACAUGUUUGAUUCUGUAGAUGCAAUCAUCAAGUUCCACAUGAUAUUUCCAAUUGUCCUGAUAGACGGAAAGGACCAGUCAGUGCAGAGGAAAUGCACACUCACAAGCCCGCUUACAAAGGAUGAAGUCAAUAAAAUAUUAGGCCAGUGACAUGGGAUGUAUGCAGCUUACAAAUAACUCAAACAGUGCUUAUAAAUAUAAUGUUAUUUAUGUCAGUUAAUAAAUAUAUCUAAAAUGG